AACUGAUAUCGCACAUAAUCCCCAAGGCUUCGGAGUGGUGAUUUUUUUAUGUGUAACGUUCUGAUCUGAUCUACAUAUUCGAGACGCUGAGCCCAUCUCCAUCUCCAAAGAACUUGAACACUUCAUCAUCUGGUCGAGCUAUCAACAUGGAACAACUCGACACCCCGAUAAGGAACGACUCAUCCCUAACAUCCGAUUGGGAGAGUGGAAACUCAACUGGAUCCCUCUACGACGUUCCACCCUCGGUUGUGAUUCUUUUGUCCUUCUUCUACGGACUCAUCAGCCUCAUGGCCUUCAUUGGCAAUGCCUUGGUCAUUUAUGUGGUGGUGGUGGCUCCACGAAUGCGAACCGUGACCAACUAUUACAUCGCCAAUUUGGCCAUUGCUGACGUGACCAUCGCUUUGUUCGCAAUCCCGUUCCAGUUCCACGCCGCCUUGCUUCAACGCUGGGAUUUGCCUGAAUUCAUGUGUCAGUUCUGUCCCACGGUCCAGAUUCUGAGUGUGAACGUCAGUAUCUUCACGCUGGUAGCCAUCUCCAUGGACAGAUAUCGUGCCAUCAUGUAUCCUUUGCGAAAGAAGCCGAGCAAAUUGUUCUCGAACAUUGUGAUCCUUUGCAUUUGGAUCCUGAGCCUGACCUUUGCUCUUCCUCUGGGUCUGUUCCACACGUUUGGUCACGUUCCAGAUCCCCAGAGUCCCAAUGGGGAGAAACCUUUCUGCUACAUCGACUUUGGAAAUACCACCUCCAAUGCCACCAUGACCACAUUCAAAUACUAUAGUGUGGUGUCAAUUUUCGCUUUCUGCUGGAUGCCCUGGCAAAUCUACGCCACAACCAUGUUGACCAUCCCGGAAGUGAAUAGUUAUCGCUACAUCAACAUCAUUUUCUUCGUCUGUCAUUGGCUGGCCAUGAGUAAUAGUUGCUACAACCCUUUUAUCUAUGGCGUUUACAGCGAGAAAUUUCGUCGGGAAUUUAGCCUCCGCCUCCCUUGUCUCCGGCCAAUUUUGGGCAGUCCAGAAAAAACCGGCGAAACCAGAGGUGCUCCAACCAGCCAAGCCCAAGAGUUCGAGGUCAACGGGGUUCGACAUCUGGCCCAUUCCCAUAACAGUGGUGACUACCCACUUCUCGGAGUGGAUGUGCGACGACCCGGGAAAUCCCCGCGAGGAUCGCGGCCAGACGUUCGGAUGUGUCACAAUUUUGAUUGAAAUAUGGGCUCUUUAUGUUCAGUGUGUGUUUCUUUCUGUAAACUUGUUGGGCACUCUGGAAUUUCUGCCCACUGUUUUCAAGGUGUGCCAAGAAUAAUGGAUCAUAUCCAUGAGCAAUACCAGCUCAUUUUUUGUUGUAAAGGAGGGAACACGAACGGUGAAAGUGAAUUGAGAGAAAGACAGCUGAUCUUUUAAAGGGGUGAUGCCUCGACUUGACGGAACAACAGACUUCUUUCCAAUCUUGUCUGAUUGAUUGGAACAAUGGAACAACGUACCAUAUUGGAAAAGAACCGAUCUUCUGGAAAAGUACAUCCAGACGGAUAACUUUUCACUGCUCUGACAUGCAUAGCACGUACUCAAGAUCCCGUUUCUGGAACUGUCUUAUUCAGAUGGAAAGAGGCGCCAAGAUCUCACUAUGCACCCCUCAGUGUCUCCAUUUCGUGUGCUGUUGUGUACGCCUCAUGUAGAUUUGGCUGCAUUUGAAGUGUAUCAAGUAUAUUCUGGAUUGUUUUGUGUCAUCUAUGGUUCCCUAAACUUUGAUGAUCGAAAAGAUAAUUUCAGACAUAAUCGUCACGCAAUAAUGAUGGGGGAAAAACACACCAAGUUAGGUUGUCUAUUAAACAGCACAUUGCGCUAGUUAUGAAGAAGUCCUCGUCAAUAAAACUCUUUGGGUAUCUAAUAUGAAACACCAAAUUUGAUUACUGGGAUGCAGUUGGAACAUGGUGAGGUAUUUUUGAAAGACCAAUAAACAUGACUUUUGGGAUGAAUUUGUCUGUGCAAAUUAUUCGAUUAUUCAACGGAAACAAGGCAGCUCGCGGGCUUACAAAGAGUUGUUGCCUUGACCCAUAACCAUCUGAAGAACCCGAAGAACUAAAGCCAUAGGGUUACCACCAUUUCCACCUCCAAAAAGUCCGCCAAAUCGCUUGAAAGCGAGGCCCACCAUUUUUUGACCCAACUCGGCCAUGUCAUCCGGAAUAAACUUCAAUGAGCAUGGAUCUUG